AGAAGCUAAUGGAAUAUCUGGGAGUGGACAAUGAUCGGGAAAUCUUACUUCCUCCUGUCACUUCUCCAAGAUUUCACAGAUAAACCCACGAUAUUCCCUGCUGAAAUUAUUGCAGGAAAGCGUGUGGAUGUAAGCUGUACCUUCAACACAACGUGCAAUGGAACAGCAGCACCUGUCUUAACCUGGGACACUCCCACUGACGUACCUGGAUCAGUCUCAAACACUGUAACUCAGCAUGGUGUCACUCUGACCUAUACUUCUGUUCUGACCCUGAUCCCAUCACUCAAACACCACGGACACACUCUCAGCUGCAGAGUGAGAUAUCCAUCUGUUUCAUCGGAGCGGACCCUCGUACUUACUGUGCAAGGUAGAGACUCCAGUAAAUGGACUGUAGGAUUGCUCACGGCUGGGUUCAUGUUGAGUGUUUUCCUGGCUGGAAUCUUCAUCUUCAUCUGUGUGAGAAAGAGAAAGACAGCGACAGAGGAGAGAGUUUCAGGGACCAGAGACAUUGCAUUGACCCCCAGUCCACUCUCUGUGAACCACCAGGGCAAACAGAACGUGCUGAUUACUGAGCCCCAGAGAAGAACCAGAGACACAACUAGAGACGGGGAGACCCCAGCUCCCCAGGAUCACUCUGAAGGUGCAGUGGGAGGCGAUGCUGGACAUGGGAACCCUUACAAUCCCGAUGACCUUCUCUACGUCAAUCCCCAAGUCUUCAGGGUGCCCAGUGGUGAUGGGACUGUCCAUAGGGAAGAGGAGACGGAAUACGCACAGAUCAGAUUCAAGCGAAACUGAGUGUGAAACGGGAAGAGGGUGUGAGGAUGUGGGGGCAGGGAUUAAGAUUCCUGGGAACACGAGACAACCCACUGGGGGACAGGGGGAGAGAGCGAGGAAGGGACUGAAUGGGUCUGUGGUUGGCGUGGUUUGGAAUGAAAUGUUUCCCCAGUGACGACUUGAUGCUGAGUCAUUGGGGACAGAGAUUCAGUGUCUCUCUCUCUCCCAGUCUGUCUCUCUAUCUCUCGCUCCUUCUCUGUCUGUCUCUCUCUCUCUCUCUCUCUCUAUGUAUCUCUAUCUCUCUUUCCUUCUCUGUCUGUCCCUCUCUCUCUCUCUCUCUGUCUCUCUCCCUCUGCUUCUCUGUCUAUCUCUCUCUCUCUCUCUCUCUCCUCCUUUAACAUGGUCCUUAUUAACUGGCUUUGUUAACUCAGCUUUUUGUCACCUGUCCCUAAUAUCUCAUUAUGUGUCUCAGAGAUGGAUUUAUAUGUGGUUAACAAUCCCCUGAAGAGCUUUGGGAUAGUUUGCUACAUUAAGGGUGCUAUAUUAUUGCAAGUUGUUGUAGUAACUUUGAUCUGCCUCGAUUCAGAAUGGAAACACGGAGAAUCCUUCGACAGGGCGUGUGUGCAACAGGCUCGCAAUAAAUGCAUUGCACGGCAACAACUAAGCAUGUCCUUUGAUGCUGAUGCAUCCCAGUCCUGCUGUGUGGACACAUCACAAUCGAGGGACUGCCUGACUGCGUGCAGCCAACAUGGCCGAAUAGUAAUUAGCAGAAAUGUGACAUCACUCAACUUGGUUAACAUUUCAGAAAGUGCUUUCUGAAUUCUGCAACUUGUUUAUUCUGUGAUAGAUUAUAAGAAGCUUCUGCAUUUUCUAUAAUAUUACAUUUAUUGUCACAAGGGAUUGAAAUGCCCAGACAACUCUGUACAGAUAUAUUUUUAUUAAACAUCUUACUCUGGGA